AUGAAUCCAUUAUGUUUGGAUGAUGUUCCAUCAGACGAUGAGUGGAUAACAGAGAGAGAGAAUCCAACUCUUCCAAGAGAAGGAAAUUGGUUGCAUGUGCUUGAUAGGAAUGCUCGACAUGGAUGUCAUUCAGAAGAUGAGGAGGUAGAUGCUCUUGCAAGGGAUUUGGAACAAGCAUGUAAGUCUAGUGAUGAUGAUGAUAUGGAUGACAACAUGAAUGCUCCAAGGGAUUUUGAUCAUGACUUUGGUGAUGAUGACAUUGAGGAGUUGGGUGACAUUGUGGGUGAUGAUGAAGAUGAGGGAGACAAUGAGAUCGACAAUGUUGUUGAUUGUGGCAAUGAUGAUUUCGGCGAUGAAGAUGAUGACUUAUUUUAG